AUGCACUUAAUUCAUUAUCAAACCAGUGGCUACCUGCUACGAAAGUUCAAGACCAGCAAUGGCUGGCAGAAAUUGUGGGUGGUCUUCGCGCAAUUGUGUCUUUUCUUCCACAAGACUCAUCAGGACGAAUCUCCUUUGGCCAGUCUACCUUUACUUGGCUACCAAAUCGGCCAGCCUGACCCAGGUGAUCAGAUCCGCCGUGAAAAUGUUAUCAAGCUGCGCUUUAAGGAGCACGUAUACUUUUUUCGAGGAGAAACCAGAAGUUCGUUUGAACGGUGA